UGAAGCCCUAAUGUCUGGGGAAUUGAGGAAGGAGAUGUUUACUGCCGAAGACAUGUAUCAGGUUGAUCCAGAUGAUAUGGAAGAAAUGGAUCUGAAAUGGCAAAUGGCCAUGAUCACUCUGAGAUUGAAGAAGUUUCAAGACAAGACAGGCAAGCGAUUAGGUCUUGGAAAAGCUGGUUUUGACAAGUCUAAGCUGAGGUGCUACAACUGUAAGAAUCUUGGACACUUCAAGCGUGACUGUCCGAUGUUGAAAGAGGGAAACAGUGAAGCUACUCCUGCUGCUAAACAGAUCACUGCCGAAGAGAACAAAAGCAACGCUUCUCCCAGCACGCCGAAGGCUUUGGUUGUUGAAGACUAUGACUGGAGCGAAGAGAUCACUGAAGCUAAGGAACAAGUCAACAAAGCACUGAUGGCCAAAAUCUCUAGUGAAUCAUCUGCAAAGCACUUUGAGAAGCAGACAACGGGAAUCCCAACUGGAAACAAUGAUGCUGACCAGGGAUUGAAAGGUAUUCUGCCUUCAGUGGAGUCUGGUGAUAAAGCUGAAAAAGAUGCUGAGAAAGGAAAGGAUAAAGUUCAAGCUACAGCCAUGAAAGCAGAUGCAUCAAAAGAGAAGGCUGACAAAGACUUGAUUCCAUUGAGUGUAAAGAAGAUGUGUGCGAUGAUGAUGGAGACUGCGGAGGGUCAAAAAUAGGAAUUGGUUAUUCAGGCGACAGUUAUUCCACCGUUAACUGGUUCGUCUGGAAUUGUUCUAAAAACAAUGUUAAGGAUGAAUGUAAUAGUUUAAGUAGGAUGGAUGACUGUAAUGGCCAAGUGCCUAAAACUAAAUCUGUGGAUGACUGUAAGGGCCAUGUGCCUACAUUUGAGACCCGUGAUCAUGAACCUUAUGUGUCUGAAUGUCAUGGUUUGAAUUAUGCGUGUCGUGAUGAUAAUGUUGCUUGUGAAUCUCCUGUAUU